AUGGACGACAAGCUGGAUGUCUUCAGGAGGGAGUUGGUGGAUGUUCAGGAUGUCCCCCUCUUUUGGAGCACUGCUGAGGAGUGGUCCCAGGUGGAGUCAUUUGAGGCCCGACCAGAUGACCUUCUGAUCUCCACCUACCCCAAAUCUGGAACAACCUGGAUCAGUGAAAUAUUGGAUUUAAUCUAUAACAAUGGGGAUGUGGAGAAAUGUAAAAGGGAUGCAAUAUACUCACGAGUGCCAUUCAUGGAAUUGAUAAUCCCUGGAGUCACAAAUGGCAUUGAACAGUUGAAUAGCAUGCAAUCGCCUCGAUUAGUGAAAACACACCUACCUGUUCAACUUCUUCCGUCUUCAUUUUGGAAGAAUGACUGCAAGAUGAUUUAUGUGGCUCGGAAUGCCAAAGACGUGGCUGUCUCUUACUAUUAUUUCUACCAGAUGGCAAAAAUGCACCCAGAGCCUGGCACCUGGGAGGAGUUCCUGGACAAAUUCAUGGCUGGGAAGGUGAACUUUGGUUCCUGGUAUGACCAUGUGAAAGGAUGGUGGGAGAAGAGGAAAGAUUAUCAGAUCCUUUACCUGUUCUAUGAAGAUAUGAAGGAGGAUCCAAAGGGUGGACUUCAGAAGUUAUUAAAGUUCCUAAAGAAGGACCUGACGGAAGAAACCAUGGAUAAAAUCCUCUAUCAUAGCUCUUUUGAUGUGAUGAAGCAGAACCCUUGUGCAAAUUAUACCACCAUGUCAACCUGUGCAAUGGACCAUUCUGUUUCUCCCUUCAUGAGAAAGGGUAUUUCGGGGGACUGGAAAAAUCAAUUCACUGUAGCCCAGUAUGAGAGAUUUGAAGAAGAUUAUAAAAAGAAAAUGAAGGGUUCUACAUUAAAGUUUCAAUCAGAGAUCUGA